AUGUCAGAAUAUAUCGGGAAAACAAUCUCUCUGAUUUCCGUUACGGAUAACAGAUAUGUGGGUUUGCUAGAAGGAAUUGACUCCGACAAGGGGACUGUCACAUUGAAUGAAGUUCGUUGUUUCGGUACAGAAGGUCGUAAGAACUGGGGCCCCGAUGAAAUUUACCCUCAAAAUACUGUCUACAACUCCGUCAAGUUUAAUGGGAAUGAAGUCAAAGAUUUGAGUAUCCUAGAAGUUAAAAUUGAAGAUGUUCACCCUGUCUUACCACCUACUGCAACUGCUGUACCAAUGAUGCCAAUGCAAGAACAACCAAGAAGCCAGGCUCCUCCAUCACAGCAAUCAGCACCACCACAACAGGUUCCAUCUGUUGUGGCCGGAUAUGGUGCUUAUGCCCCUCCUCCAGGUUCGGCGGCAUCUGCACCAACAGCAACUCAGACAACCACAUUACCAUCCGAACCCACUACACAACCACAACAAACAACAGCUUUCUCUUCUUCAACAGGGGAAUCGGAAUUUGCGGGUCUUCAAGGAGAAAUACAACCACCACACGAUCGUGGUAAUAGAGAAAGAUCAAAUCAAAAUAGACGUCGUGGCUCUCAUUCGAGAAAAAUCGAAAUUCCAAAAUCUGAUUUCGAUUUCCAAUCUAGUAAUGCUAAGUUUGCCAAGGAAGCUCCUGAUAUUGCUAAUGAACAUGUUGAAUCUACUUCCCAUGAUGUUCCUAGUUCUGUUCAUGUUAAUGAUGGUCAAGAGACUGCCUUAGCUCAAAAUGAAAAUGCUACCCCCGACACAUUUUAUAAUAAAAAAUCAUCAUUUUUCGAUUCGAUUUCAACGUCAACAGAAGCAAACACUAAUAUGAGAUGGCAAGAAGAAAAAGUGCUGAAUUUGGAUACUUUUGGCCAAACAUCAGCUAGACCAAAUUUCCAUGGCGGUAGAGGAAGAGGUAGAGGCAGAGGCGGUAGAGGUGGAAGAGGCAGAGGUAGAGGCGGCAGAGGUGGAAGAGGUGGUUAUUACAAUAACAAUCAACAUCAAGGUGACUAUCAAAACAGAAAUAAUAAUAAUUAUAAUCAACACCAACAAUUCUCAAACGACACAACCCACCAGGUCGAGUUUUGA